AUGGAUGACUGCAUACAAUGUCCAGAGGAUCAGCAUCCCAGCCAUGGUCAGGACUCAUGCAUUCCUAAAGCCAUAAGCUUCUUAUCUUUUGAAGAACCUUUGGGGAUUAGUUUGGCCACCAUUGCAGCCUCCUUCUCUUUCAUCACUGCUUUGGUGCUUGGGAUCUUCAUUAAGCACAGAACUACUCCCAUCGUCAGAGCCAACAACUCAAACCUGACUUUUACUCUGCUUACUAGUCUCCUCCUUUCAUUCCUUUGCGCUUUUCUGUUCAUUGGCCAACCCAGCAAGAUGUCAUGUCUUUUUCAACAAGUUGCUUUUGCCUUAAUGUCUUCUUUGGCAGUUGCGUGUAUACUGUCCAAAACAACCAUUGUUAUUCUAGCUUUCAUGGCGACUAAGCCAGAAUCUCGGACAAGGAAAUGGAUGGGAAAACAAUUUUCCACCUCCAUUGUUCUUUCUUGCUUCCUCGUCCAAGCUGCCAUUUGCAUUCUAUGGCUGGCCACCUCUCCCCCAUUCCCAGAUUUUAACACACAAUCCAUGCCUGAAGAAAUUGUGCUAGAAUGCAAUGAAGGCUCAUCUGUGAUGUUCUACAGUGUCCUGGGCUUUAUGGGCUCGCUAGCCCUCAUCAGCUUCACUGUGGCUUUCUUAGCCAGAAAGUUGCCCGACAGCUAUAAUGAAGCCAAAUUCAUCACCUUCAGCAUGUUGGUUUUUUGCAGUGUUUGGUUGUCUUUUGUUCCAACGUAUUUAAGCAUCAAGGGGAAAUACAUGGUUGCUGUGGAGAUCUUCUCCAUCUUAGCUUCUGGAGGAAGUCUACUAUUCUGCAUCUUUUCCCCUAAAUGCUUUAUUAUUAUCUUAAGGCCAGAGCUGAACAAGAGGGGGCAGUUGAUGAGACGAAGAAAUUAACAAAUACACAUAGGUUUCACAUAGGUUUCAAAUAUGUCCCACUGUAACCAAUGUGAUUUUACUCAGUGACGACCAAUUACUUGGAAAUAUUUGAUGUGACUGAAGGAAUAAAUACGUGAAUCAAUAAAAUGUUAUCUUAAGCUGUCUGAUACUAAUUGCAAAGCUUAGUGUUUCCUUGGUCUGUAUCAGACUUUGAUCAUAUUUUCCUACAAUUUUGUGUAUGUUUCUGCAUUUUAAAAUGAUUUGUGCUAUGCAAUGUGCAUGUGUUUUCAGUUAUAUAUGGCAGUGUCAUCUAUAUAUAUAAAUGUGUGAUGGCAUCACGGUGACCAACAAAACAACAAAACUACAGGCCCCCCCAACCAUAUAAACUGCCUUGCCAUUGCUGUGAGUUGGGCACAAAUAUAUGGCCAGCACUGGGGCCACUCCAGAAUAUUAUUUUCUGUUGAUUAAGCAGCCAAUGUAGUAAACUCUGGAUUGAUCAAAAGACUGAAGAAGCUUUAUAAAUAAAACUGGAUGAUGGCCUAUAAGGGUGAAAUCUCCCAUAGUUGCAUUAGAUAGUCCUCUUUUGAAAGACAUCACCACCAAUGAAUGUUCACAGUAUAUCCUCAAUCAUUUUUGCGUAUCCUUAUUCAUUUUCUUUCAG